AUGAGUACAGGUGAUUUCUUAGCCAAGGGGAUUGAUUUAAUCCAGCAUGCCAUUGAUUUAGAUACGGCUACCCAAUAUGGAGAAGCAUAUACUGCAUACUAUAAUGGUUUGGAUUAUUUAAUGUUGGCAUUAAAAUAUGAAAAGAAUCCUAAAUCAAAAGACCUAAUAAGGACAAAGUUUAGUGAGUAUCUGAAUCGUGCAGAGCAAUUGAAAGAGCAUUUGGAAGCAGUUUCUAAUGACAACAAGGACAAUUUAGCAAAUGGUAAUAAAAAAUCAAAUAGUAAAGGGAGAGUGGCUACUGGUAGCAACGAUAGUCACAAAGCUAAUGGUAAUGGCAGCGGAGAUGAUGAUGAUGCUGAUGACGAUGAUGGAGAAGAUAAAAAAAAAUUGAGAGGGGCCCUAUCUGGAGCUAUUUUAAGUGAGAAACCAAACGUAAGAUGGGAGGAUGUGGCAGGUUUGGAAGGUGCUAAAGAGGCUUUGAAAGAAGCUGUGAUCCUACCUGUGAAAUUUCCUCAUUUGUUUAAGGGCAAUCGUAAGCCAACAACAGGGAUUUUAUUGUAUGGACCCCCAGGGACAGGUAAAUCAUAUUUGGCUAAGGCUGUUGCCACAGAAGCCAAUUCGACGUUUUUCAGUGUUUCUUCAAGUGAUUUGGUAUCUAAGUGGAUGGGUGAAUCAGAAAAAUUGGUGAAGCAACUAUUUGCAAUGGCUAGAGAGAAUAAACCUUCAAUUAUAUUUAUAGACGAAGUCGAUGCAUUAACUGGACAAAGAGGUGAAGGAGAAAGUGAGGCAAGUAGACGUAUAAAGACUGAAUUAUUAGUACAGAUGAAUGGUGUGGGGAAUGAUUCGCAAGGUGUACUUGUUCUUGGUGCUACUAAUAUCCCAUGGCAACUGGAUAGUGCAAUAAGAAGAAGAUUUGAAAAGAGAAUAUAUAUCCCGUUACCGGAUCUUGCAUCAAGAACCAAGAUGUUCGAGAUUAAUGUUGGAGAUACUCCAUGUACCUUAAGUAAAGAAGAUUAUAGAUCAUUGGGACAGAUGACGGAAGGUUAUUCAGGUUCAGACAUAGCGGUGGCAGUUAAAGAUGCUUUGAUGGAACCAAUUAGAAAAAUUCAAAUGGCCACACAUUUUAAAAACGUAUCAGAAGAUCCAGGCAAAAAAAGAUAUACACCAUGUUCUCCUGGGGAUCAUGCUGCUAUUGAAAUGUCUUGGGUAGAUAUUGAAGCAGAUGAAUUACAGGAGCCCGAUCUUACAAUAAAGGAUUUUUUGAAAGCUAUUAAGACAACAAGACCUACAGUUAAUGAGGAAGAUUUGCGUAAACAAGAAGAAUUUACGAGAGAUUUUGGUCAAGAAGGUAAUUAG